AUGUCUGAACCCGAACAGCAGCCGUCGACGUCGAAACCGUUCCGCGACGAUGACGACGAAGAAGACGACGACGACUCGCUAGAACGGCCCGAGGCGGAACCGUCGAAGGAGGACGAGGACGACGUCGCUGUCGACGGACCCACUCUGCCGGCGGAACUGUUGGCCGAGGCGCAAUCCGCCUUCGCCAUGUUCAGCGACGGUGGCGGCCGGAUGAACGUCAGGCACCUGUACUCGGCGCUGCGGGCGGUCGGUGUAGACGCGACCGACGAGGACGUCAUCACCGUGGUGGACGAAUACGAUCCGACCGGCCGCGGCCACAUCACCGGCAACCAGUGGACGGCGAGCGUGGCGCGCCGGUGGGUCGAAGACGGCGCGCGGCGGCGGCGGUUCCGCGCCAUGCUGGCAGCAGGCGACCCUACGUCCACCGGCCAGGUGACGGUCGACCAUGUGCUCGACGUGCUCAAAAAGUUCGACCCAAAGUUGCUGACGCCCGCGGACGCCGAAGAGAUGGUGGCCAGCAUGGAUUUUGCCGGCUUGGGAAUGGUCGACUACGACGAGUUCAUGGAAACCAUGGUCCGACCGACCCCGCUUGACGUACCAACAUAUCAGUAG